AUGCGCCCGAUAGGCGGGAAGUUGCCGAACGUGCCCGUCUCCGAGACGGUCGAUCUCGAGGUCCCUCGGGAAGGGUUGCUUUGGCAGCCCACGUUGAUGUCGCCGCUCAAGUGCGGCGAGGCCGCGGACCUCGCAGCUGACGAGUGCGAGGCCACGAUCACGUUCUGCCUAAUGAGGAUGGCGGAGUACCAGGAGACCCCGUGGAAGUACCCGAUGGCCGUGAUGCUGCAGAAGAAGAGCGGGUGCAGUAAGGCGGAAAACUUGCGGUCGUUCCACCUCUCUGAUCUUCGGACCUACAUGCGCGAGCACCCUGAAGAGUUCCUGCAGCCCAACGGCUUCGUUUACCACGAGACUCGCACGGGAUCCACCCUGGUGGCCAACAUGCUGGCGCACGUGCCGUCGAACCUGGUCGUGAGCGAGAGUAACAUGGCCGAGGACCCGGUUCGCCGCUGCUCGCACUGCACGGAGAUGCAGAAGGUGACCCUCUUGAGGGAAAUCAUGACGCUGCUUGGCAACGGGAGGAACGGGCACAAACACCUCUUCUUCAAGUUUCAGGACUCCACCACGCUACCCUUGAUGAUGAAGGCCUACCCCGAGGUGGGAUGGGUGUAUCUCUUCCGAGACCCCGUUGAGGUUAUGGUCAGCAACCUCAAGUGCUUUGCGAAUCGUCCGGAGAAGCAGCAGGCGAUGGGCUCAUGCGUGGCGGAGUUGCGCCGCGAGCUCGAGGCUGCACUUGCGGGACCAGCAGCGCUACAGGCUGCAAGCCGAGGGAGCGUCAGAAGGCUAGCUACCCAAGCAAGAGGGGAUGCUGACGAGCGGCGUCAGCACCCUUACUUGCUAGUGUUGUUAGUGUUCCGGCGUUCCCUCAACUUCGGCCUGCGGCGAUGGUGUUUCUGCACGUGCUCGCGGCGCAACUCCCACACGCAUGGCUCCAUCGCUGCUUCUCCGCAAAGACUUGGAAGCCUUCCCAGACUACAACAUGGCGCCUAUGGCAAGCGUGAGCGGUUCUACAAGGGCUUUGACUUCGACGCCGCUGACCACGACAUGAACAACAACAACAACAACAACAACAUCAACAUCAACGUCACAGCGAACCACGACCCAGACAAGCCGGAGGGUAAGUCCGGGAGACCACCCAUGUCCCCCUGCCUCAUGUCCAAGCCGCCGUCAGAUAUGAAGGGGAAACCGAAGGAAGAGAUCUGUGCCGACCGCCUCAGGACGCUAUGCCAGGCGGCCGUGGACCAGCUCGAAGAGGGUGGGAACGGCGCAGUGGUGGAGUACACGAACCUUCCCGACGUCGUGACGGAGUACAUUUACCCGGUGCUCUUCGGCAUGGGUGACGACAAGCUGAAGGACCACCUCCCCUACCUGUCGGCGGCCGCCGGGAUGUACUCCAAGUCCAUGUCGAACCCGGAGAGCGAGUUCAAGCAGGGCACGGACGCGGGCUACAAGCAUGUCAUGGCGGAGAAGGCCUACCAGGAUGCCGCGGAGGUGACGGGACUGUCCGCGGUGUACCGCAAGCUGCAGGGGCUGCAGACCUGGCACAAGGGAGGAGAGCGGCGGUGA